UUCCCCGCGCCUCGACCUCACACCCCCUUCCCGCCCCCUCAGCCGGCGGCGGGAGCGCGCGCGAGGCUCUCGGGAGCGGCCGUGAUUAAUGGAUGCUCUGAAGUUGGCUUGCAUAUACAUCCUGAAAUGUUUUGCUACUUGAGGCCUGUAAGAAGGUUUUGUCUAGAGAAGAUAUUGCCACAGUGGUUCAUUCGUUCAAGAGCUUUAUCUGGAGCUGAAGCGGUCAAUGCUCUGAGACCAUUCUAUUUUGCAGUGCAUCCAGAUUUCUUUGGCCAACAUCCCAGAGAGAGGGAAGUCAAUGAAAAUUCUCUUAAGAAGUUAAGUGCCUAUUUGGAAAGCAUACAGAAACCAGGAAUCAAGUCUUUAAAACCAACUCAGCUCACUUUUUAUGUUCGAGAAACGGAACAGAACUCUUCUGAGAGCCAGGAAUCCUUCAGCAUUUCAGGAUUUCGGGCUGUCAGUUUUACUUUGCACAACAGAGAUCUUCUAAGUACAGUUUUAGAUAUUCUCAAUGCCUGCAGCUUAUCUUCUGAGCAUGUCCAAACCUCGAAUGCUAAUGCAAGUUCCCAGCCAAGAAAAGAAUCAAAAAAGACAUUCUACAGGACUAUUAAAUGGGAUAAGACCUAUUACUCCUUUACUGGAUUGAAGGACCCUGAAGAAGAACUAGAACAAGCCCAGAGAGUUGAAACUACUCUGAUUUCCUGGCUAGGUAAUAAUGAAAAAAGUGCAAUAAAGAAGCUGAAUAAUAGUUUGCCACUACGGGGAGAACUAGACCGUUUAAAAGAUGAACUGUCUCAUCAGCUGCAGCUCUCGGAUAUCAGGUGGCAGAGAAGCUGGGGAAUUGCUCAUCGAUGUAGCCAACUACACAGUUUAAGUCGUUUAGCUCAGCAGAACCUGGAAACACUUAAAAAUGCUAAAGGGCGAACUGUGAUGUUUACUGACCGCUCAGGUAUGAGUGCAGUAGGACAUGUGAUGCUUGGAACAAUGGAUGUCCAUCACCACUGGACAGAAAUUUUUGAAAGGCUGCCAAGUUAUUAUGACCUUCAAAGAAAACUGCUGCUGUUAGAAGACCAAAUAAGCCAACUUCUUGGAGGUAUGCAAGUAGUAUAUAUUGAAGAACUGCAGCCAUUAUUGACACUUGAAGAAUAUUAUCCUAUUAUUGAGUGUUUCUAUCAUAGACUGAUUAGCAAUAGAAUACCUUUUCACCCUCGAAGCCUGCGUGGUUUACAGAUGAUUCUUGACAAUGACAGAUAUGCUCCAAGCUUGCAUGAAUUUGGGCAUUUUAACAUCCCAGUAACAAACUGUGAUCCAGUAUCCCUCCAGUGGUUUAUUCUUACCAAAGCACAGCAGGCAAGAGAGAACCUGAAAAAAAAGAAAGAGCUAAUGUCGACGGAAAAUGACUUGAUCAGCAUUUCCAUGGAUAAAUUUUCUCUGAAGAAGCUUUAUAAGGAGCCCAGUGUUUCCAGUGCACAAAUGGUAGACUGUUGUAAGAGGUUGCUGGAACAAUCAAUUCCGUAUUUGCAAGGCAUGCACCUCUGCAUUUCACAUUUUUACUCCGUUAUGCAGGAUGGAGACCUUUGCAUUCCCUGGAAUUGGAAGAGUUGAGUAGCCAUCUAAUAACAUAAGAGCUUCUGUAUUUUUGUGUAAGCUAAUGAAUGGAAAUUAAUUUUACAGUAAGUUUAUUUAAAUCUUCAUCUUGGAUAUCAUAUUACAGUAUUAAUAUACCCCUUACCAGAAUUGUAUUUGCAGUUGCUACUUGGAAAGUAGAAUUUGUAGUGGAAAGUUUAUUGAAAAAUGUUUUUCCAAGAUCCAUUCAAAUCUUACAGAGUUUCCAAAAUAAUCUUCAGGUCGAGCACGGAAGUAUAUUUUUGGGUGGGUGGCAAAACACUGAAAAACUCUUCAAAAGAAAAAUGUUUUAUUUUUAUACACCUGAAUUAAUCAUUUUAGGGUUUGGAAGUAUAAAUGUGUAUGUAUACACCUGUGUGGACCUCCUAUAUUUCUAAACAUAUAUUAUAUAUAUAUUGUCUCUAAAGAUUGUCAGUGAAGUGCAUGUUAGAGCGGGUGACUGAAUCACUAAUUUUGAAUUGGAAACCUAAGUUAGAAUUAGAACAAAGCCAAAGUAAUAUAUUAGUAUUAUUAGACUUUACCAUGGUGCCAGUAUCUAUAAUGGAGUAUCAUACUUUACACCUACGAAUUGAGUUUUAAUUGUGACCUUAAAAAAUUGAGGAUUUCCUGCCUUUUUUUAAGUAACAUUGACUGAAGUGUAAACACUUAGAAUUUAAUCACAUCAAGUGAUUCAAAACUGUUUUCUUGAGAAAAUAGACCUACUUGAGCAGCCCCACUCUAUGUGAAGCUGGCUCUGUCCUUGUCCGGAUUCUUCUAAAGUCCUAAAUUUCAUCCCUCUGAUUCCCAAAAUCGCACCUAACUGUAUAGAUCUAGUCAAGGUGAAUUGCCACACUUUCCUCCCCCUUAGGGGUGUUAAUAGUAUCCCCAUCCUUGCUGCUGGGAGGCCUAGUUUACUUUUGAGGUGAAGGAUUACAGUGUAGACAGUGGCACACAUAUCUUAACCGCUGUCUGCCCCUUUCUUGCCUCACCCUCUAAACUGGGAGCUGGGGUAGUGACAGGACUCACACAUAAAGCAAGGAGAGUAUGAAAAUUGGGAAGGGUGGGUAAAUUGCUCCUAUGAGCACCUCCCUCCUCUCUUACAACUGUGGCACUACCAGAGUUUCUGCCCACUCAGGCAGUGACUAAAAGAAAAAAUUAAAAGACACCACCCAAGAGUUGUGGGCACAGGAGUUGGGCUUGGGGGAGGUACUCAGACUCACAAGGCAGUGAGUCUGCCCACCCUGGAUCGAGUGAUUUCCUAAAGAAAACAUUCAGAAUCACAAGGCAGGUGGGUCAGACUUAUAACCUAGGGCUAAGCUGUUUUUGUUGGCUACCACUAUUUAAGUGGCAGGCAAAUCGGAGUUUUGGGCUCACAGUUUUCAGGGCCUUGCUGCUGAAGAGAUUGAAAAGGAAAUUCAUGUGUGUAAUUCUAUUAGAAUGUGGAAGUUAAUACAGUCUCUUGGAACUGAUUGCAAAUGGAAUUUAUUUGAAACUUGGAUCAAAAUCUUCCCAUUAGAAUAGUUUAAGCAAAAGGAAAAAAGGAUUUUAAACUCUUGGUUUAAAGAUAUAUUGAUUAGUGAAGUUUCUUAGAGUGUGGUGCAAAAUGUAAUUUUGGAUUAGUAAUUACACUAGGAAAACUUAUUUCUGUAAAAGAUACCUGUUGUGGGAAGCUACUAACCAAACUCAAUAUUAAAAGCGUUUUUUUAUAAGUAAUCUAAGUAAAUUGCCAUCUUGACCAUAACUAUUAAAUAACAAAUUUUGGCCUGAAUGGUAAUACUAGCAAAAUCCAACCGGAGAAAAUAUCCAUGAAUUUGUUUUGAACUGAGGUUUAACCACACUAUUAUACAAUAAAAAAUAAGUGGCUAAAACUUAUGAAUGUCUUCCUCGAUAUUCUGUACUAACAGAAGUUAAUAACCACGAAAGAAGUUAGAGCAUAUUUUUAGACAAAUACUCUGUAAACUAGCUGAAACCCGUGAAGAAGUCCCUCCUUCUCUCUGCCUGUUGUUUGCAAACAUUUAGGUUUUCUACUUUUUCCCACGAGUUUAAGGCCCUUCUUUCCCUUCUCGGCCAUCCUGCUCCCUGAAGACUCUCCCUUUUCAGCCUUACCAUCAGUUUUAAGCCUUUUGCUCUGCUCUGUUCUAAUUGUUUUGCUCUGAAUGCUAACUUCAGGCCUAACACGAUCAGUUAAAAAUGUGUCCAACCCAAUUAUCUUGUAUCUACUCCAGCACUUAGUGCAGUGCCUGGCAUUGUACUAAUUCUGUAAAUAAUAAAGGCUUCCUCUCUUCCCUCCCAUCUUCUCUGCUGCUGGCUCAGUUAAAUGAAGCAUCUUAUAAAUAGUUUGCCUUGAAUAUAUGCCAAUGUUUGAAAGUGAGUCUAAAAUGGCCCGCUAACUAUCCCCUUGCAUCCUGCCAUUAUCCUUUUAUCAGAUCAGUCACUUACAAAUUGAAGUUCUUGCCUGUCUUACUGUUUUGCCUCUGGCUGUUAGUUGCUCCAGUGGCAUCUUUGGUUUUAAAUGUUUAAUAUCUUGUCUGUGUACUUCCAAGAUGUUGAAGUGUCAGUUGUGAAUCUUGAAAGUUCUCUAGAUGUUACACAAACAACAACAAAAAUCACAAAUUAGU